AGAUUCAGGGAUCGGAGUUUACGGCAGCUAUCUUCCGGGUCUUUGCGUCUUUUUCCGCUGCUUCAGCAAUGUCUGUCCAUUUUGGCCCAUGCGCAGUUGUCGCCACUCCACCGGUCUCAUUCUCAGAUUACUGAAGACACGGAACUGGCUGCCGUGAACUCCGGUAAAAAUACCCGUUAAGAAUUUUUACUCCUCCCUCUUUCCAGAAGAGUACAAGGAAUCAGUUUAACUUGCAUUUCCUGAUCCUAUCCUAGACAUUAAUUCAAUGGCCACUUGCAAGCCGUUGUCAUCAGGGCAGGAAAGUGCCCCGUCCAGCAACAGCAACAGCAACAGCAGCAGCAGUAGCAGAGGAGAAGCCGAUGAUUUGGAACUUACUGAAUUGGGUCCUCUCCUGGAAACCGGAAGAGACAGAAUCGGACAGACCUCUUCUAGUGGAGAUGAUAAUCAAGCAGGAAAAGUGUCUCAGGAAGAUGAGGAAGAGGAAGAAGUGAGGGUUUUGACUUUGCCUCUUCAAGCCCAUCAUGCCAUGGAAAAGAUGGAAGAAUUUGUGUACAAGGUGUGGGAAGGUCGCUGGAGGGUCAUCCCAUAUGAUGUGCUUCCUGACUGGCUGAAAGAUAAUGACUACCUUUUACAUGGACACCGUCCUCCAAUGCCAUCUUUCAGAGCAUGUUUCAGAAGCAUUUUCCGUAUACACACAGAGACUGGAAACAUAUGGACUCAUUUGCUAGGUUUUGUACUUUUUCUUUUCCUGGGUGUUCUAACUAUGCUCCGACCCAACAUGUACUUCAUGGCUCCUUUGCAAGAGAAGGUUGUAUUUGGAAUGUUCUUUCUAGGUGCUGUAUUGUGCCUCAGCUUCUCUUGGCUUUUUCACACAGUAUAUUGUCACUCUGAGAAAGUAUCUCGCACCUUCUCAAAGUUGGAUUAUUCAGGGAUUGCUCUGUUAAUCAUGGGAAGCUUUGUGCCAUGGCUCUAUUACUCCUUCUACUGCUCUCCACAGCCACGUCUCAUCUAUCUGUCUAUAGUCUGUGUGCUGGGCAUUAGUGCAAUUAUUGUAGCACAGUGGGAUCGUUUUUCAACACCUAAGCACAGGCCAACAAGAGCAGGUGUGUUCUUGGGGCUUGGCCUCAGCGGCAUUGUGCCAACCCUUCAUUUUACAAUUGCAGAAGGUUUUGUGAAGGCUACAACAGUGGGUCAGAUGGGCUGGUUCUUUCUAAUGGCUGUCAUGUAUAUAACAGGAGCUGGACUUUAUGCAGCACGAAUCCCUGAACGUUUCUUUCCUGGCAAAUUUGACAUCUGGUUCCAGUCCCACCAAAUAUUCCAUGUCCUGGUUGUGGCAGCAGCAUUUAUUCAUUUAUAUGGCAUUUCCAACCUUCAAGAAUUUCGAUAUGCAUUAGAGGGUGGUUGCACAGAUGAUUCACUUUUAUAAACAGCAGUAACAGAUUGAGACAUACUACAUCUGGUGACCUACAGUGGUUGUACACAAAGUGAGCAAGACUGAUCCACUAGCCACCUCUUUUUAGAUCAAUAUACAGUAUGCCCUUAAAGGUCAUUAUCUCUGCUAUCUCCUUGUUUACAGUAGGAAGGUGCCUAAUGUAAAUAAGAAAAGAGGAGUAAAGAGCUGGGAUUUUUUUGUACAUCAGUGAAAUACCUCUUGGGACAAAAGAGAUGCCAUAAGCACUUGUUGUAUAUCUUGGUCUCUGGUCAAAAAUUACAAAAUGUAAAUUCCACAAAUAUAAGCUAAACAGCUUGGAGUCGCAUUUGAAUGGAACAAAAUCUUUGGUAAGCUGCUAGACAUGCACAUUACCCCUUAUACAAUUCAGUGGCUUUACACAAGUCACCAAAAUGAUUAGAUUUAGACAUUCAUCAUAAUAUAUUGGUAUAUUGAAAAUGAUGUUCUGGAAUACAUUUUCUUUCUUCCUAGCUUAAAAUGUUUCAGAACUAGGAAUAUGUGGUUGGUGCGGUGGAUGUAUAUAGGGUAUAAAAGUACCAUAAAAUGUGAUGCCUUAGUUGUUUAUUAUAAUGGCUUAAUGGCUUGUUAUGGUAUAUUUAGUAGCAUAAAUAACUUUAGAACUAGGGCUGAUGAUUUCUAUUCACUGUUUUUAGUUUUUUCCGGAUUUGGUUUCAUUUCCAUUCUUUCUAAUAUGAAACACAUAUUACACAGUAUUUCUUAUAUAAGCAGCUAUAAAUUGGGCUUACAGCUUUCUUUGGCAUGUUCUCUGAAAGUAUAGUUAGGUUGUAUAUUAAUGAGGAGUAUCUUAGUAUAUGGAGUAAACAUCUUGCACUUUAUAAUAACAAGUAUUUUUAUACAUUGGUAAAUAUAUACACAAUUGGUCUGGACACUGAUACUGAACCAACAAAAUUCUAACCAACCAUUCUUUAAUGGCGGAGAUCCUUUUCUGUAGCUAUACAGAGUUUUUCAGUAAACACCAUACCACCACUCCAGUAUGUGACUGCACUGCAAAUUUCUGUUCUCUUACAGUGAAAAUGUUAAUAUUUUAUAUAAUUAAGUAUUAUAGUGAUUCAAUUCAUUUUUACGUUUAUAUUUAUAGUAUUUAGACAGUACUAUAAUAUGGAAGUGGUGCCCCAUGCAACGAUAGCUAUAAAAUCUCCAUGGUCCCAAAACUGGUUCUGGAUUUCCUUUAUAAUCUAAUUUUGAAAUCAAAGUAAAUGCCCCAUUACCUAAUUUUCUAUUAUAAUGUCUUGUUUGAAAAAAACACCAGUCUGUUUAUAUGAAAACUGUAUUCAGCAAAAAAAAAUCCAAACAGUGACAUUGAAAUCUAGCAUCUACUAACAACGUAGAGGAAACAUUUUGGCUGUACCAUUUAAAGGUACAGGAUAAUGAACAAAUGGGUAAGUUGAAGCAAAGAAAUUGUGUGUUUGGGGGGGGGGGUAAUAGGCUCAGUGGUUGUUUUAUGCGGAUAAAUCUUAGUAAAGGUCAAAAACUGCUGCUUUCAUUCAUUACAAAAUAUGUGUUAUAAAGGUAUUAUGGGAUGACUUAUCUACUGCUGUAUAUUGCUCACUGUUACGGUUUGUCCUUUUUUAUCAUAAGGUAUUGCCUUUAUUCUGUCAUGGGGUUAUUUCAUCCAGCAUUACGGGUUCAAUGCCCAAUACUCAGGACUAGUUUAAUAAACAGACAACAAAAACUAAAGGGACCACCAUCAAUUAUUUUAUUUGUAAUCAUGAUUGAAGUAUCCUUUACUAAAGGCUAUCCUUUACUAAAGACUCAUUAAGAGCUCCACACUGCAGAGUAGUCUAUCAUUUCAGGUGCACCACAUGGGACCAACUUUGUCCAUGCAAGGCCUGGUAAAAUGAAUACAUACUGCAUAUAUAUAAUAAUUGAAAUAUUUCUUUCAAUUUCAUAUUUCCCUCAAGGACUUCCUGCUCUCUCUACUAAAAAAAAUGCAUGGUGGGUGUUUAAAUAAAUAAUGAUAAAAUGCUUAAAACAAUAUAGAUUCUGAACAGAGUGAUGUUCUCUUUCUUCAGGUUGUCCUUUAUUACAAUCUUCCAAAAGAAAGGCACACACUUCACUGACUUCCGGACAGCGAUGCAGUUUAAAACAGCUUUAUUUCACUAAUACAUUUCUUGACGCGUUUUGUGUGCCAAUACACUUAGUCAUAAGUACCUAUGACUACAUGUGGGGGCACACGAAACGGGUCAGGAAAUGUAUUAGUGAAAUAAAGCUGUUUUAAACUGCAUCGCUGUUCAUGAAGUGUGUGCCUUUCUUUUGGAAGAUUGUCUGGUUUCCCCCUUACUGCAGGUUCGGGGUGUUGCACCCGGACCACCAACCUGGAGUGGUGAGUGACUCACAAUACACAGUUAUUUGUUGGAAAGUGAGAGGUUACAAACCGACUUAUGAACAUGGUAAGCACAAAUUAAGGGGUGCAAAAAUUGUUAAUGUUGGCUAUUUGCAUCUGAAGUAUAGCAUCUCUGUUGAGUGUAUUAGUAAUUGUCCUUUAUUACACAUGCAUUUUCUAGCAGAGCACCCUGAUAUAUACAGCUGUCUCCAGCAUGUAAAUGUGUGUAUGUUAAAAAAAAGAGGUGAGUUGUAGAGUGCGAGCUGCAGGGCCCACCACGUAUGAGGUGAAACCACUUGCCUUCAUUUAUGAAUGCUGGGCAACAUAAACAGCAAGCCAAUGAGUGAUUAACAUUUUCUGCAGACUGUAGGUAUAACAUUGAAAUAAAACCUUUGAUUAUGGUUGCCAUGGGUUACUAUUCAGAUGCAAAUUUGCCUUGUGUUAGUAAACGACUUCAGUGGUAUAGACUUGUAGCUUUUUCCCUAUUGUUUUAAUCUCAAAAAUAUUUCUUUGUUUUUCCUUGAGCUAAACAGGUAGACUGAUUUAGAUUUUAGAAUUAGGUUACAUGGUGGAACAGAUGUCCAUUAUGCAGGAGGAUUACCUGUGCUCUGGUAAUCUCAUUAUCUACUUUGCAAGGACCAAGAAUAGAGUAGAUUUCUGUUUCCCCUGUUUAGUUUAAGAAAUAACAACAAAAAAACCCAUAGUUUCUAUGUUGUGUGAUUAAAAUAGUAGGCAAAAAUAUGAACGUUAUAGUGCUAUAAAGGCAUCUAAAAAUGAAAAUCUUGUUUCACCCAAGAUGCUGCUGCAUCAGUAAUGUUGGGGGUGGGGCAAACAUCCAAUUGGUUGGAUACACAGUUUAUCAAGUCUCACGUUUAAUUAAAACAACUUUUUUUUUGCACAGUUGCAUUUGUACUACUCUUGAGAAAAGCAGCCACAUUCUACUUUUAUUGUUUACUUUUAAUUUAGGUUAAGAAACAUUGUAAAACAUUUUCUAGCUACAGAAUUGGACCAGAAAUGCCAUAUUCCCAAGUAAUUAAACCAAUAAACGUUUAGUUUGAGCAUGUCA